CAUUUCUUUCAUUCAUUCGCACGUGUUGAGUGAGUGUUGUAUCAGUAGCGUUAACCUAUCUAAUCUCUCUCUCUCUCUCUCUCUCUCUCUCUCAGGUGAAAGUAGAGUGCAAUAUCGUUAGCCAUGUCUCCAGGUCCCAUUAUUGACGCUGCCGCCGACGGAGCCGCCGACCAACAACUUCCCUCCGUUGACGAAACAACGCUCAAGAACAAACCUCUUCCCCAGGAAGAAGACGAUGCUCCUAUUGUAGAGGACGACAACGAUGACGACAAAGACGAAUCUGAGGACGAAGAAGAUGACGAAUCCCCUCAAGAUGUAGGUGGUACUGAAGGUUCAAAGCAAAGCAGAAGUGAGAAGAAGAGUCGAAAAGCAAUGUUGAAGUUGGGACUAAAACCCAUUGAUGGUGUUACUAGGGUAACAAUCAAGAGAACAAAAAAUGUUAUGUUUUUCAUCUCGAAACCUGAUGUCUUCAAGAGUCCUAAUUCAGAGACCUAUGUUAUAUUUGGGGAGGCAAAAAUAGAGGACCUGAGCUCUCAGUUGCAGACGCAAGCUGCUCAACAGUUCAGGAUGCCAGACAUGGGAUCUAUUAUGGCAAAACAAGAACAAGGUGCUGCAGCUGAUGGAGCACAGCCUGAAGAGGAAGAGGAGGUUGAUGAAACUGGCGUGGAGGCCCACGACAUUGAGCUGGUAAUGACACAAGCAGGAGUGUCAAAAGCCAAGGCUGUCAAGGCUCUUAAAACUCACAAUGGUGACAUUGUUGGUGCCAUCAUGGAACUGACUAAUUAAUUUUUGCUUUUUGUUUUUUUGGAAUGUUUUUGGAACAAGUGCAAUCCUUUAAGAGAAUGUAGCCAAAUCGUAUCUAUGACUAUGAUGAUAUGAUUUAGUUUACCUUAUAAUUUUUGUUAUGCUCUGAAUAUUGUACUACGGGAUGAUCAAUGAUCAUAUUCUUUUGUUGUUAUAUUCGAGCUCUA